AUGGAAGCAGGCGGAGUGGCGGUGCGGGAGAACCGUAUGGCGGCCUUCGCGGGGAAGUGGGAGGCGUUCGGGCGGACCAAGGUGGCGGCGCUGAAGGCGGCUGUGGCGCAGGGUGUGGCGCAGAGCCAGCAGAUGUUCGAGAAGGAGAAGCCUGCUCAGCUCACGCCCGUCGAGCAAGAUGACAAGGUGAAGGAGCUGCGCGCAUCCCUCGGCCCCCUCCCCAAGCGCGCGCAGAUAUUCUGCUCCGACGCGUGUCUGCGCCGAUACCUGCGCGCGCGCAACUGGCACGUGCAGCGCGCCGAGCGCAUGCUGCGAGACACGCUCAAAUGGCGCGACCAGUGCCGCCCGGAAGAGAUUCGAUGGGCGGACGUGGCGGAGGAGGGCGCGACGGGCAAGGUGUACCGAACGGCGUUCCAGGACAAACAUGGCCGCCCGGUCGUGGUGCUCUCUGCCGGCCAGCAGAACACCAGCAACCACGCGGGGCAGGUGCGGCACCUCGUGCACUGUCUAGAGAACGCCGUCAUGAACCUGCCGGCCACUGCCCGCGAACAGCACAAAGAGAAGAAUAACCGGCAGGCGGAGCAACAGGAAGAGCAGGGGGAGCAGGAGCAGAUGAGCCACUACCCGGAGAGGCUCGGCGCUGCUGUCAUCUACAACCCGCCUGCCGUCUUUGAGGCCUUCUGGAAGGUGAUCCGCCCCUUCAUAGACCCAGUCACAUUCAACAAGAUCCUCUUUGUCAACCCAUCCAAGCCCGACACGGUGAAAAGGCUCGAGGGGAUCUUCGACCUGGACCGCCUUGAAGAGGCGUUUGGGGGGCGGUCCAAGUGGACCUAUGACCAUGCGACAUAUGGCGAGAUGAUGGCACGGGAUGACGAGAAGACGGCAGAGUACUGGGGGAUAGUUGAGGGGGAGCGGUUGGGACAGCAGCAGGCGUUUGUGGGGGAUGAGAGCGGGGACGGUGAUUCUGCCGUCAACACAUCCACUGUCCAGAUUUGGAAUCUUGAGGAUUGUCUCAUCUUCCUCAUCCCCUAA